GUUUUAAAGGGGAUGACAAUAAAGUUGUACUGACAUGAAGAUUCAGGGAAGUGAAACUUUACCGUUUUGACCGUAAUGAGAAGUGAAGUUGCCCAGUUCCACGUAUUUCGGCUACAAUUCACAGUGAGGUGGUCAGACUCUGAAGACACGGCUGUGGGACAGUAUGCUGUUAUUUGUGAUUCUGGUCCUGGUUCUGGUUCAGAUGAAUGGGGUUCGCGCUCAGGAUCCUCGAUGGCCGCUUCACACAGUCUGCGACUCUGAGAGAAUCACGGUGACCUACAGGAGCUGCGACCCUUUACAGGACAUAGGUUUCACUCUCCUGCCUUGUCCUGAGAGGUUGACUGAUCUUAUAAAAAUCAGACUGGCCUUGAUUCUGAGGCAGUCCAUCAAAGAGCUUUAUUCAUCAUAUGAGCUGUGGCUACACGGGCAAAACGAGCCGAUCUUGAAUUCGGACGAGCCCCUCUGUCUUCCUCAUUUCCCACGUUUCAAGUUUUGUGGAAGCAGGAGAGGAGAAAUCCUCACGCUUGACUCAUCGUUUAAGUACAAGACUAAUAUUCCUCUAAAGGCUAAUUUUGAUCUUAAACUACGUGCAAUAAAUCAAGAUGGCUUCCUGAUCGCCUGUGUGAAUGCGACUCUCAGCUUUCAUUGAUCCUUUAAGAGCAGUGAAUGACCUGCGCUUCAGCUGAGAGCAGCUGUGCAAUCGAAUCUGUCUUCAAUUGUGGAAACUGUACUGAGCGAAUGUCAGCGUGUGUUCAGGAUUUAUGAUGCUUGCGGAUGAUUUUAUAGAUUGUUAACUCUUUAAAAGCUAUAAAA